CCCAUAUACAAACCUUUUCUUUAUAUAAAUAAAUAAAUAAAUGUCAAUUUAUAGAAACGAGAAAUCAGCAAUGGCGGAAAUUAUUCCCCUCCUCGUCGCUACAACGAUAAUAAUGAUGUCCCUGCAGCAGCGAGGAGCAGAGAGCUACAGCAUCUGCAACAUGACCGGCGACGGCCUCAACGCCUGCAGGCCCUGGGUGACUCCGCCCGGUCCGGCCGAGGCGCCGUCCGCCGCCUGCUGCGCCGCCCUCUCCGCGGCGGACCUGCCGUGCCUGUGCCUGCAGAAGAGGAACGACGCCAUGAUGCUGUCGCUCCUCGGGAUCGAUCCCGACCUCGCCAUGGCCCUCCCGCCCAAGUGCAACCUCCCCCUCCCCCUCAAUUGUUAGGAUUAUUAAUGUUAGUUAAUUAAUUAUGUGUCUUACUUUGUGGGUAAUUUAAUUGUGUUCCUAAUUGUUGUUGUUGUUGUGCAAUAUUUAGUGCUUAUUUAGUGCUAUUAUGUAGGGAAAAGUCUUAAUCUAAACUAAUUUAAUACAUAUCAAUCUACCUUGCCAAAUUAGUUUCUUGAAUUUAUAUUAAAAAAUCAAAAUAAAAGUAAUUAGAAUUCGGUUUUUCGGUCGGUUUUUUUGAUGUAUGGGCGGUUUUCGAUUUCGGUUCGGUCGGUUUUAAUUUAUGGUUGGUUCGGUUCGGUCGGUUUUUAACCAUGUUAAAAAAAAGUCGGUUUUUUCGGUUUCAAACCGAAACCGACCGUUGCUCAGCCCUACUAUUAAGUGUAAUGUAUGUGUCAUUUAGUGCCAAAUCAUUAGCUUGGACGCAUUU